AUGGCGGCCCAAUCUAUGAAGAUCUCAGUAAUUGCCUUUACAGACCCUGCAACCCUGAGCACAGGUGUCAACAUCGACGAUGUUCUUGUGGAUAUUCCUGAUAAUUUAAACACCGUCGGUAAUCUCGCCCUAGGUCAAAAUAUACAAACAUUGUCGACAAAUGGCAAUGAUGGAACUGGACGAUCCCAGGGGCUGUUAUAUGUUCCAGACCUAGCUUCUACGGAUCCAUGCUUCAACCUGUCGAAACAACACAUACCGGCGCUUGCCAGUCGGAGGAAAGACUUUCCGGGGGAAGACCUCAAAUUAAUUGCGCUGGCGCCAUGGAUCAACUCAACAUGCAGCCUGUCCUUCCUGGACAUGGCCUCACUAGUCUCUCUCCAAGCCUUCAUUUUCUACACAACUGAUAACACGGACGUCAUGCCGCCACCAAUCAGUUCGCCGAUUUGGAAUAUGCAUGAUGGUGGUCAAUGGAAAGCAGCACACGGCUUUCCUGUUUACGCUGUUCCUGGAAGCUAUGGAAAUACCUUGAUGGAUCAAUUAAGUCGAUAUUCUGGAAAUUCCUCGUCUGUGCCAUUUGGAAAACAGGUCCUCGACUUAAAAGGUGUGGAAGCCAACAGUUUUGUUCGGGUUUACACACAGAUAGCUACGGAUAGUUCGUCAGGCUCCUUACCGGGGUUGUGGGUUUUUCUCCUUAUAGCGAUAGCAUCACUCGGCGCUGCCCUGAUGUUGACCUCAUUCUUCGUGCACUUCGUCCAGCGCCGACGGAGACAAAAUCUGCGCCGACGCAUUGCCGCAGGCGAAGUCAACUUGGAGGCUCUUGGCAUCAAGCGCCUUACCGUGCCCGUCGAAACCAUACAGAAGAUGCCGGUUUACAUCUAUAUGUGCGAAGAAACUCCCGCACCACCAGAGUCGGGAGUAAAGGGGACCACAAGUAAGGAAGAACAUGUCUUCAACAUUCCUGUCAUCAACGAACCAGUGACGGGGCUGAGAAUCCAAUUGCAAAUGUACCAACCUCAGUCCCAGCCGACCUGCCCCAUCUGCCUGGACGACUAUGAGUCUUUAAAGACUGUAGUCCGAGAACUUCCUUGCGGGCACAUCUUCCACCCGGAAUGCAUCGACCAUUUCCUGAGCAAGAACAGCUCUCUCUGCCCAAUGUGCAAGACGAGCGCGCUACCAAUAGGGUUCUGCCCGCCCGUGAUCACCAACUCGAUGGUGCGGCGCGAACGCAUAGGAAGGCUCAUGGACGAGAAUUCCGAGACACCGGAUUCAGGCGACUGGCGAAGCAGAGCGAGACAUUGGGUUAAUCGCCAGCGUAUUGGCGGGCCUCACCAUGUCUCGAGUAUAGAACUGCAGACUCGGCGAGACAGCACGCCUCCGGCUAUAGUGAGUGCACCCAGCCCGGCGUAUAUCCCGGAAGGAACGAGUAGGCAGGCGAUUGUGGAACCCAGGAGUCAGGCACUUAUGAGUAAUACUGUCGCGAAUGAGGAGGCGGUCGAGGAACGGCCACGACCGAAGUCGGCUGACCGUGCGUUAACUACAGGGAGAAGGGCUAUCCACAGGGUGUUCCCGACACUCUAA